GUAAACAAAUAUUUGACAGCAGCAGCGCUGGGCUUUCUCUGUGAUGUGUUUGCAGUGUGAGACGGUGAACUACAGGAGUAGUCUCGGCUCUUUAGUACCCAGUUUGACGGUCUGCGUGCGUCCUCGGAGAGAAAGAGCUGCUGUAAUUGGUUUCUCAAUGAAGGAUCAUCAGCAGCUCCCCGGAGGCUCGGUGGACUGUAGCGAAGCGCUGCUCGAUCAACCGUCGGCUCCCCGGCUUUAAACACCGCUUUGCUCCUUUCUUCUGCAAUAUACACACGUGGACAGAGGAUUCUCGGAGCAUCAUCUUACUGCGCGUCUUUAGAGGGGGAUUUGUGUUUGUUUUCACAACCUGUGCGCGUGCUGGGAGUUCAUUGUUUUUGUCCGUAUCGCGGAGAAUCGCGGCAAAGUUUAACGCCGAUUUAAACAUGAGUGACCUGGAGGACGACUUUGCCAAGAUCCUACUUCUAAAGGAGGAGAGGAUACGGGACUUGGAGAGGCGUCUGGCGGACAGGGAAGACGAGAUCCAAGAACUCAAGAGAAAAUUACACAAAUGUCAGUCUGUUUUGCCCAGCGCUCAACUUAUUGGACCGAGGACCCGCAGGGCACAGGGCAUCUCCGCGGAGCCUCAGACACACCAGGACCUGGCAAGGCAGGCGUUUCGGAAAUAUGCCAAGUCCGACUGGUCCAAGGAUCUGAUCAAGGAGGCCAUCUUGGACAAUGACUUCAUGAAGAACCUGGAGCUGUCGCAGAUCCAAGAGAUCGUGGACUGCAUGUACCCUGUGGAGUAUGGAAAGGACAGCUGUAUCAUUAAGGAAGGCGAUGUGGGCUCACUGGUUUAUGUCAUGGAAGAUGGGAAGGUGGAGGUGACGAAGGAGAGCCUGAAGCUCUGCACCAUGGGGCCAGGAAAGGUGUUUGGAGAGCUGGCUAUUCUCUACAACUGCACCAGGACUGCCACUGUCAAGACUCUAACAAAUGUGAAGCUGUGGGCCAUUGACCGACAAUGUUUUCAGACGAUCAUGAUGAGGACAGGUCUCAUCAAGCACACAGAGUAUAUGGAGUUUCUGAAAAGCGUUCCCACAUUCCACGACCUGCAGGAAGAUAUUCUGAGCAAGCUUGCCGAUGUCCUUGAGGAGACACAUUAUGGAGAUGGAGAGUACAUCAUCAGACAGGGGGCUAGAGGAGACACCUUCUUCAUCAUCAGUAAGGGAAAGGUUAAUGUGACCAGGGAAGACUUGCCCAACGGAGAGCCUGUCUACUUGCGCAGCCUCGGAAAAGGGGACUGGUUUGGAGAGAAAGCACUGCAAGGGGAGGACAUCAGGACGGCCAACGUCAUUGCAGCAGAUGCAGUCACCUGUCUAGUCAUCGAUAGAGAUUCAUUCAAGCACCUGAUUGGAGGUUUGGAGGAUGUGUCCAGUAAAGGCCAUGAGGAUGCUGAUGCCAAAGCCAAGUAUGAAGCAGAGAAUGCGUUUUUCUUUAAUCUCAACCUGGCUGACUUUAACAUCAUCGACACUCUGGGAGUUGGUGGCUUUGGUCGUGUUGAGCUGGUUCAGCUCAAGAGCGAUGAGAACAAAACCUUUGCCAUGAAGAUCCUGAAGAAGCGACACAUUGUCGACACAAGACAGCAGGAGCACAUUCGUUCAGAGAAACUCAUUAUGCAGGAGGCCCACUCUGACUUCAUUGUUAGACUCUAUAGAACAUUCAAGGACAGCAAGUACCUCUACAUGUUGAUGGAGGCUUGUUUAGGAGGAGAGCUGUGGACCAUUCUUCGCGACCGGGGUUCAUUUGAGGACUCAACCACCAGGUUUUACACAGCGUGUGUGGUGGAGGCCUUCGCCUACCUGCAUUCCAAAGGAAUCAUCUACAGAGACCUCAAACCAGAGAACCUUAUAUUGGACCACAGGGGUUAUGCCAAACUGGUUGACUUUGGCUUUGCCAAGAAGAUCGGGUUUGGGAAGAAGACGUGGACCUUCUGCGGGACGCCGGAGUAUGUAGCACCAGAGAUCAUUCUGAACAAGGGCCACGACAUCUCAGCCGACUACUGGUCUCUAGGAAUCCUCAUGUUUGAGCUCUUAACUGGCAGCCCUCCAUUCUCUGGCCCUGAUCCUAUGAAAACCUACAACAUCAUCCUGAGAGGCAUUGACAUGAUCGAAUUUCCAAAGAAAAUUACCAAAAAUGCUGCCAACCUAAUUAAAAAGCUAUGCAGGGAUAAUCCUUCUGAACGACUGGGAAACUUGAAAAAUGGUGUCAAAGACAUCCAAAAGCACAAAUGGUUUGAGGGCUUUAACUGGGAGGGCUUGAAGAAGGGGACAUUGACGCCUCCUAUUAUCCCUAAUGUUACAUCAGCAGUCGACACGAGUAACUUCGACAGCUUCCCUGAGGACAACGAGGACCCGCCUCCUGAUGACAACUCCGGCUGGGACGUUGAUUUCUGAAGUCCUCCUCUCAACUUAAAACCAAAAGAAACUCUUCUUUUGUUGGCAUGGAGGCCAUCUUGAGGACAUGGCUGUGUUGUUAAAAAAAAAAAAAAAAAA